AUGGUAUCCCUAGACAUCGAAAAAGCUUACGACACGGUAUGGGUACAUAGGGUACUGUCUACGCUCCACAAAUGGAAUUUCAAAGGAAAAAUACUCAAUUUUAUAAACAACUUCCUAGCCGACAGAACCUUUGAGGUCAAAUUCAGACAUACUCUUUCAUCGACAUUCAGAACAGAAAAUGGAUUGCCACAAGGAUCUUCACUAAGUGUAACUCUUUUCUUAAUAGCUAUCAACGAUAUUAGCAAAUACAUGAAACCACCCGUGAAAACUAUAUUAUAUGCAGAUGACUGCAGCCUGUAUCUCUCUGGAUCAAACAUCAAAACUACCAGCUCACUCAUGCAAAAAUCAAUCGACAGCAUCAGCCGAUGGUCCUCAGAGACAGGAUUCAUUUUCUCCCCCUCAAAGUGUCAAUCUAUUUUAUUCAAUCGACAGAAGAAAAUACAAAUUCUAGAGAUUAAAAUGCAAGGAAAUACCCUCCCCAACACAAAAAGCCUCCGCCUUCUAGGAUUAAUAUUCGAUCACAAACUUAACUGGAAAGAACACAUUAAAAAACUGAAAGCAACGUCAUCCAAAAAACUUAAUAUAAUCAAAUCAGUGAGCCAUUUUAAAUGGGGUGCUGACCGCAAAACACUCUUAAUCCUAUACAACUCUUUGAUACAAUCGAUAUUAGACUACGGAUCAAUCAUUUACAGCCUCACCAACCAAAAUACCCUGAAAACACUCAACACCGUACAAAACGCCGGCAUCAGGAUGGCCAUCGGUGCUUUCAAAUCAAGCCCAAUCGACAGUAUGAUGUGCGAAGCCCACUGCCUAUCAUUGAAUAUCAGACAAAAGUACCUAAUUACAAAGUUCGCAGCCAAAAAGAUGUCUACUCCCCAAACUGGCUUAAUAAGGACAAUCUCAGAACCCUAUCACGAACACCUCCUUAAACCGCUUUAUAUAAAGCUUCACGACAUCUUCGAAGAGAUAUCCUUCAACAUCAGCAACAUAAAACCAAAAGAAACGUUCCCAACAAUUCCUCCAUGGAACACGAAUCACAUAGAAGCCAACACAGAACUUACCAAAUUCAACAAAAACAACACACCGCAUAGUCUUAUCAUCAAUACGUUCUACGAAAUAAUAAACACCAAAUUCAAAAAUUACUAUCACUUCUAUACAGACGCCUCCAAAACAACGAAUGAAACUAUAACCCACAGGGAUGAAAAUAGUCUUCAUAAAUUAGACCCUCUUUCCAGCAUAUACUCAGCAGAAACAUUCGCCAUACUCGAAGCUACAUUAACCGCACUCUCCUCAAACCACACUAAAGUUCUCAUCUUAAGUAACUCAAUGAGCGCGGUCACCUCAAUAGCCAACGUACAUACUAAAUGCAACCUCACCCAUAGCAUUCAGAACAUAAUCCUCUCAACCGACAAAUUCAUCAAACUCAUGUGGGUCCCAUUUCACAUCGACAUCCCCGGUAAUGAACUGGCGAUGAAAGCGGCUAGCUCCCCAGACACCAAAAUAUACACGUAUGUAACAUACGACGAUGUAAUCCGCGCCCUCAAAACGAAAUUAUACACCCUCUGGCAGAAUCAAUGGGAAAAACAAUCUAACCAAAAUAAUAAACUUAGACAAAUAAAACCAUUAACCAAAAAAUGGCCGGACCCUCCAGUCAAGCUUACACGACAUGAAGAGACCAUGAUCGCCAAAGUACGCAUCGGACAUACUAGAAUCACCCACUCCUAUCUCAUGAGUAGAGAGCUCAAACCUAGGUGCGAAACAUGCAACUGCGAACUCACCGUUAACCACAUAUUCCUAGAAUGCCCCACUUACCAUAACGCCAGAUCAAAAGCAAACAUAAACACCUCCUCACUCAAAGACGCACUCGGACCAAGAAUAGAAAAAAACAUAGCAAACUUCAUCAAGAUGGCCGACCUCACAACCAACAUAUAA